AUGGCUCGAACGAAUCUAUCUGUUAUGCCGGACGUUAAUGUAUGUCUUCGAGAUGCUAUGGAUGCUAUGUUCAAUAAUGGCAAUCAAAAUCGAUUGGAUAAUACCGAUCGUACAAUAAUGACAUCAGAAGAGAAUGAUGUCAUCGUUGAUAUUGUGAAUGAUGAUGAUGAUCAACAACCAAUGACCGAUGCUUUACAAUCGACAAUUAAUAAAAGAAAAUUGACAAAUACAAAUAUUACGAAUCACGAGCAACAUAAUCAUGGUGAAAAUGAUAAUGCAAAACGCAUGUGUACAAUGAAUGGCUCACAUUAA